AUGGCAGCACAAAAACCUACAGGUUUACUUAUUCUUCAUGUUGUUGUCCUUCUCUGUGGUUCCAGCCUGAGCUUGGUGAGAAGUUGAAUAAUUUUGAUAACUCUUUCAGUUUAGUUUUUUUAUUUGUAGAUUAAUUAUUUCUACAUUUCUCCUCUUUUUUUGUUCAGCCCACAGCAAAAUUAUCAGGUUUGUGUUUGUUUUUCUCUAGCAAGACAUGGAAUUAUCUUAUCUAUUUAUGCUUUUGUUGACUAGAUUUUAAUUCUCUUUAUUUUCUAUUUAUAAAUACUUGGCAGACUAUGAUGUAGACGGUGGACGAGACCUUGACAUCUUUGACAUCAAUGAAGGUAUAUACAAAGAAGGUCUGCUCCUCAAGCUUAUAGAUUAUUGUUAAGAGAUGUUUAAAAACUUAUUUUCCUCAUGCUUGGUCUCCACAGAGGCAGGGCUGGAUCUCGUAGAGGGAGAUAUUGUGCUCGAUGAGGUAUACCUGUUGUAAUUUUACUUGUAAAACUGAGCGUUGUGGAGUAAAGUAAAGCCUCGAUGCAUGUGUUUUUUGUAUUUUUGAUGGUUGCUUCUAUUCCCACAGAGGCAACCCCGUAAUUCAAUCAUAGGGGACGAGUACAGGUGGCCCAAGACGAUCCCAUAUUAUAUGGAAGAUGACUUAGGUAAGAGUGUCUCUUAAGUAUAAGAUGGCUAACAUGUGAUUUCAGUCUUUCAACUCUAACUGCCUAACACCAUCUUCACCAAUAUCUUUCCUUCACCAUCAAAACCAUGUAUUUUAAUACAUUGCUCACAUGUUAUCGCAGUUAUACUAAUAUGUAAUUCUAUAAUACUUCCAUUCGAUACCUGUCUACCUGGUGGAGACACUGGUAUAGAUGUCUUUUACAACGCGAAUGUGUUAUUUUAUUAAGUGUUGUGUUUGUUUCUGUUUGUACUUCUACUUAUUGCUUCAGGUCUGUCAAUAAAGUAUCUCUCUCUCUUUAUAAUGAUGUAAAACGGACAGGAAUCAUUUUGUAUUUUGAAGUAUUUUUUUCUUAAAGGCACUGUAAGGAGUUUUUAGCUGAUGCUGAAAUAAUGUCAAUCUUGUUCUGAUGCUUCUUCACGACACGUUGUGUAAAUUAAAAUGAUUGGCUACAAUAUUAUUUAUCGAUUUAACCUUAAUUUUAGUGCAUGUGUCCAGAUCAUAUUUUCUGCAAAAAAGUCGAAUUAUUUUUCAACAUUCACCUGAAAGUAACUGUGUUUGGUUGGCAAGCAGGGAAGGUCUUGUUUUCUUUAGAUUUUUGUCUUUUUGCAAUUGUUCUCAUUGCUGACACUGGAGCUGGAUUGGCAAAAAGCACUUUCUUUGGUUUAAGUAUUGCUUGUAACAGAGACACUUUACAAUCAGGGUUUGGCUGGGCAAAAGAGCAAUGUAGCUAAAUAAAGGAUUUUAUGGAUUUAUGGGUUAUGGCGGUGACUUUAGCAAACUAACAAGCUGUGAUUCAUCAGAGUUUGAUAAUCAAACAAAGCUACAAAUCAAUAUACUGCCUCCUCAUUCAGCUUCCAACAAAAAGUUAGUGGGAAAAAUAGCGUUAAAAAGAAAAAUGGGUUUUCCCUUCAUUUGCUUCAACAACAAAUUACAAUGGAUGGUGGUGCUCAUGGGAAAUGAAGUCUUCAUUUAAGAAAAAGUCCAUCUAUUUAGUUCAAGGAGUCACUAAUUCAUCACAAAAUGAAGUUUCUUUACUGUUCCUUUAAAUACAGCAGGUAAACGUUGAUAAGACUUGCCUUAUAUGUUUUGUGAUUAUACAAUUUUCAAGUUUGGUGCAUUUAAAAUGUGAACCUUGUGGGUGAGUUUUCAACCUAACCAUGCUUAAAUAACUCAACAGAGGCCUUUUAUCAACUUUCCCUCUGUGAUAUCAAAAAUGAAAGGGAAUUUUGAAUAGACAUGAUCAACUCUAAGAACUAAAUUUGCUUCUUUUCUGCAGAGAUUAAUGCGAAAGGUGUAAUACUAAAGGCCUUUGAGCAAUAUCGUCUCAAGAGCUGCAUCGACUUCAAGCCAUGGAAUGGAGAAGCAAACUACAUUUCUAUCUUCAAAGGAGGCGGGUGAGACAAAAAAUAGACUUUCAUGGUUCACGAAUGGAAUUAUAAGCUGUACUGUGUUAGAAAUGAAUGUGAAUGAAUUAUGCAAACUACAAAGAAAGUAAGUCAGUACAUAGAUUUCUCUUUGCAUUUCAUGCUUAUCAAAGCCUUGUUUUUCUUCUCCUACAAGAUGUUUCUCCUCCGUUGGAAACAGAAAAGUAGGGAAGCAGAGGUUGUCGAUUGGGACCAACUGUGAUCGCAUCGCCACCAUUGAACAUGAGUUUCUUCAUGCUUUGGGUUUCUGGCAUGAGCAGUCCAGAUCAGACCGUGAUGAUUACGUCAGAAUCAUGUGGGACCGCAUCUCAGCUGGUACUGAACUUCUUACUGUUGGACUUUAAUUAAUUGAAACAUGGCUCAUUCAUGUUCCUACAUUUGAUCCAUCGCUUUAUAGCAUGCUUACGUCAUGGCUUCCAUUUACAUGCGUGAGUUUAUAGGCUAUAGCAACAGCAUUUACAAAAUAACAUUUAAAUAAGCUUUGACAAAAUUCCCAUUCUUACAUCUUAUGUUUGGAGGUUUGUGAGCACUUUGAGCAGCAGUGGAUUUAUUGCUUGUGUGAUACGCAUGUGUUGUUUGUUUAUAAUCUUAGCCAGAUAGGAAGAGCCACUUCAAGCACAUCGAAUGUCAGACUUUGUGUCAUAGCUGUGUUGACCUACGUGUCUCAAACCAUUCAUUUAAAAACCUAUUUGAUUGCAUUUGACUUGACUUAUAUUCUUGUUGAUUGAUGUGUGGGUGCAUUUAUGCUGAAGUCAAAACUGAUGCCUCCAUAUGACCUAUGAGAGUAAAUAGGACCAUCAGCAUUAAGUUUUAUAUAAUAUUUAUAUAAACAAUGAGAUUUUUUAUUAGAUAACAUUUACUAACUCUUGCAGAAAUCAAAGUAGGGUCUUGUUUACAAGCGGGGCCAAAACCAAAAGUUUCUUACAGGAGCUUUAAUCUCAUACAUGGUCCCUAACUUCCCUGUUUCUUGUCUAGGUAAAGAGCACAACUUCAACACCUAUGAUGACACCACUUCCAGCUCUUUGGGUGUACCCUAUGACUAUGGGUCCAUGAUGCACUACAGUAAGAACGCCUUCCGCAACGGCACAGAGCCCACCAUCGUCACCAAGAUCCCUGCUUUCAGUGACGUCAUAGGCCAACGAAUGGAGUUCAGUGACAGUGACCUGCUCAAGCUACAUCGCCUCUAUAACUGCAGUAAGAGUCAACAACCCACACCCAAAUAUUGUCUUUAUCAGUGCGAGAGGUGCUUUGUCAGCGAGCAUUAUCCACGUUAAGCCCUCAUAUUCAUUAGUGUGUUGAUAUCUACAGUCCAGUAGUUGGUUUAUCUCCUGAAUUUCUGUCACAUGGAAAUGCAGAUAAGGAAAGCUUCCUCUGUUUAUAGCAGUGCAAGGUCCAGUGUGUCUGUUUAUGUGUUUAUGAGAUGUCUUGUAGCCCAGGGCUCCACUUUCCUGGACUCAUGUGACUUUGAACGAGAAAACAUCUGUGGUAUGGUCCAGGGACCGGUGGACAAGGCAGACUGGGUCAGGGUUGACAAAGCAGCAGGAGGGCCGGACACAGACUACUCCAACAUGGGAAAAUGCACAGGUGAGGAUCAGGGGUGGAAAUAAAAACAUGGCUCUGGUGGCGUCUGAGUUGUGAAGUUGCUUAUUAUAAUGUUACAUUUCUGGUCUUUAGGCUCAGGGUAUUUCAUGCACUUCAACACUGGUGCAGCUAAUAAUGGUGACACAGCCCUUCUGGAAAGCAGGUUACUUUACCCCAAAAGAGGAUAUCAGUGUCUGCAGUUCUUCUACUACAACAGUGCAGGCUCCAGCGACACACUGAAGAUCCAUGUCAGAGAGUAUGACAGUGCCAAUCCCAACGGGACACUGCGCUUUAUUAAGACCAUUGAUGGUGACUCAUUACAUUUACUCUCAACCAGUUUUUUUAAUGAUUGAGUUAUGCAGGAACUUCCUGUCUGAUCGUUGCAUGUUUUGACUCGUGUUGUAACAGGACCUCCUCAGGAUCUUUGGCAGCUGCACCAUGUGAGUUUAGACGUCAAAAAGAAGUUCCGUGUCGUCUUUGAGGGGACAAAAGCGGCUGCUGGGCCUUCAUCAGGUGGACUGUCUUUGGAUGACAUCAACAUCUCUGAGACCACCUGCCCAGAGUUUAUAUGGCGUGUGAAAAACUUCAGCAAUGUAAUGGACACCACCCCUGAGGACACAGCUAUCUACAGCCCAACCUUUAAGUCGAAGGAGGGUUACAGCUUCCAGAUGGAGCUGUACCCAAAUGGGAAGGAAGGUUAUUCCGGUGAACUGUCCGCCUAUGCUCAUCUGGUGGCUCGGGAAGGGGACACUGGUCAGAAAUGGCCCUGCCCUUGGAAACAGAUGACCAUGAUGCUAAUGGAUCAACACCCGCAUAUACAGAAGCGAAUGUCAAACCAGCGCAGUGUGACCACUGACCCCAACAUGAAGGCAGCAGGUGAGGCUAACAUUCAGUGUCUAAAUCAGGAGGAAUUUAAGUAACUCUAACUGUGCAACACUGAUUUUUGCUUUUGCUCACAUCCAAACAGGUUCUGACAAGUUUUUCUGGGAUAAUCCUCGCGACGUGGGUGUCGAGGUCACAGACUCAGAUGGGUCCAAGUAUUUCAGAGGACCAGGUGCCGGGACUCCAGUGUAUCUCACUCACCUCAGAGCCAAAAGCAGGGACUUUAUCAAGGGAGGAGAUGCCAUCUUUCUGCUCACCAUGGAGGGUAAAGAAACAGAUUCAGCAUCAGCUCAACAGAAUUUGAUGUAUAAUGUUGUUUUUGCAGAUAUUAAAGAUAGAAGUUUUGCCUUAAAGCUUUAUACUACUUUAUAAGUAUGCUACAAACUCAUCUCCAACACCAUGUCUGCCAGUAAAGCAUGAUUGGUCCCAUAAUACCUGUACUCACUCAUCAGAUCACUAUCAAUCACUGCCUGUUCAGUACAUGCUCACUACUCGUCAGUUGUUUUCCCUCCAACUGGAUUCGAUUAACCCCUAUCCUUUUUGCCUCCCAGAUGUGUCUCAUCUGACAGUGACACAACCACUGCCUCCCACAACCUCACCAACAACCCCAACAUCACCAACAUCACCAACAUCACCACCUGACGUCUGCCUUAAUGUGGAGUGUCUGAAUGAAGGGAUCUGUAUGGAGGAUGAAGGGAAGGCUGCUUGCAGGUAUGUGAUCUCUGAUUGGACGUUUCCAGCCUGUGAGGCUCAAAAAGCAAUACAUAUUUUCACAAUCAGCUGGUGGGAAUUGUUCCUGUGCAUGAAGAGUUAAUCCUCCUGUUAUCACCUGAUUUGGGGGAUCUAAUUGACAAACCUCAACUCUUGGUUUAGAGGUUGUGACCUUGCCCUGUAGAGCACAAAUGCAAACAUCAAGCUGAGUGGGAGGCCUGUGUUGGCAUUGUUAGCAUAGCGUGUUACCGCUCUGUAUGAAGGCCUUUGACAGAGCAUCGAUCUGUCUGUUUAUUUAGAUAAAUAAGUUCCAAUCCAUUCGCCAUCCUCACAUUCCAUGCCUGGACCGGCGAUCUCCAGUGACUGGAUCUGUCUCUCCCACUUUAUGCAAAUCAACUCUAUUCAAGGGCUCUGUCUGUUAGAAAAAAAACAGGCUCCAUGUGACGGUUGCUGUGGAUACAUGGGAAAGUGUGCGGUCCAUAAUGGGGCCCAGCACACAUGAGAGUACACGCUACCAGACCAGUGUGGGCAAAUGCCUUUCAGACCACCUCAGUAUGUGGACCAAGUGAUCAGAUCUUAGCACACAUUGAUGACUUUGAAGUGGUUUUGCCAGAUCCAGUUAUGCUUGGUGUAGACAAAUCUUCAAAUCACUACCUUUGAAAAACACAAAUUAACACAAACUUCUCAGAUCCUCAUACAAACCAUUCUAUUUUAAUUGGGGUCUCAUUUUUUUGCUUAAAUCUACUUUUUAGUGACCCUUGACCCUGUAGUACUGUGCAGGUUACAUCUGCUAUCUGUUAACAGAGCCAGGCUAGAUGUUGUCCCUUGUUCCCAGACUUUGCGCUUACCUAAGCUGACCACCUGUUGGUUGUAACAGCAAUAGGAGUGUUUAUAUUCUCUUAGAAAGAAAGUAGGUGCGUUUCCAAAAUGUAGAACUGUUUCUUAAAGCUCACUCUUUGAAAAAAUGUUAGGAAUAUUGUUUUUGUCAGUGGGUUUAUGAAACAUUUGAUCCUGAGAAUUAAAAUUUAACAGUUCAGUAGUAAAUUUAUUUUUCAUUUCAUCCUCUUCAUGAUUACUUUUGAUAACUUUGCAUCACCUUUAACACCAUUUAAAGGGAUAACCUCCUAUUUAUCGUCUACCUUGCCUCCUAUUUUUCCCUCUCUCUCUCUCUGCAGGUGUGCAGUGGGAGAUGACUGGUGGUACUAUGGGGACAGCUGUCAGUACAAGGGCACCAGCAAGGAUAAAACCACCUUGGCUCUUGCCUCCUCUCUGUCUGUACUUGCAGCAAUGCUGCUGAUCACAGUGGUCAGUGUCAUCUGUGUGAAGAAGAAAUAUCAGAAGAAAAGCAAAAGCGACAGAUUCGAGAGGUCAAAUGAGAUGACCAGUGAGAGGUUGUAG